AAUAGGGGUUGGGUAUUUCCUAGCGAACUAUAGAGUAGAUGUCUUAAACCAUCCACCCUCCAAGAAACAACUCCUACACCAUAAACAGAGGCUACGCCAAUAUGGAUUUGAAAGAGACGGAAAUCAUAGUGCCAACACCAGAGGUGUUUAGAUUUCCUGGCCUUCUUCGUGCUGGCCUUGUCUGUCUUGCCAUAUUGGUCGCCCAUUGGGCAUUUGGAAUAUUCUAUAACCUUUUUGUCCAUCCACUCUCCAAAGUACCAGGACCAUGGACAGCUGCUUUCAGUGAUAUCCCCUUUUGCCGAUGGGUCCUUGGGGGGCGCCAGCCCUUCAAGAUGGUCGAACUCCAUGAGAAAUAUGGCCCUGCUGUUCGCAUCGCACCGAACGAGGUCUCCUUCAACUCGGCACAGUCAUGGAAGGAUAUCUAUGCCUUGAAGCCUGGUCGACAAGUAUUCAUAAAGAGCGACUUCUAUGCAGGUUCCACAUCCGCUACUAAUGGAUUUACUUCUAUCAUUAGCGAAAGGAGACCGGAAGUUCAUAAGAAGAUGCGAACCCUUUUAUCCAGUGCCUUCUCCGACCGCGCCAUUACGGAGCAAGAGGAGCUUGUUGCUGAAAAGGUCGACAAACUCGUUCGACUAGUUGGCACUAGAGGUUCCGGAGGAAAACCAGUCGAUGUAUCAAUGAUGUUUGAGUCAAUGACCUUUGAUAUCACCUGCGACCUGUCGUUUGGCGAGGAGUUCGGCGCCCUUGAUAUGGAUAAGCGACACCCAUGGAUAGCUUCCGCUGUUGACUCGAUCGGCAUAACUGCCUUUGUCGAGAUAAUGCGUCGUUUCCCUGCUUUCACCACUGCUAUCUACCUCAUGAUGCGUAACAAAUUCGACAAGAUCAUGGCGGACACGAAAUCUAACCAAGACCUAUGCCAUAAGACUAUCAAACGGCGUAUGGAAAGAGUAACAGACCGCAAGGACUUCCUAACCCGAAUCCUUAAGGACCGAGAUCCGAAGGAACUACCAGAAGGACAAAUGGCUGCUCACGCCUCCGAUCUAGUGAUUGCAGGAAGUGACACCACAUCAACUGGCUUAUCUGCUAUUGUCUAUUACUUGCUCCAGAACCCAGCUACCUCGGCGAAGCUUACAGCGGAGAUUCGAAAAGCGUUCAAACAGUAUUCGGAUAUCAACAACAACUCUACAGCCUCACUGAAGUAUCUCCGUGCUGUCAUCUUAGAAGGGAUGCGUCUAUAUCCGCCAGCACCAUAUGGAGCUCCCCGUGUCGUGCCUGAAGGUGGUGAGACGGUUGAUGGUGUUUUCCUUCCCGGAGGUGUUAUCGUCUCUACGCACCACCUUGCAGCUGGUCUUUCCUCAGCGAACUUUGAAGACCCCAAAUCCUUCAAGCCGGAGAGAUGGAUAAAGCCCGAGGGACUUCACAUUGCUGAUUCUAUCCAACCCUGGCUACUCGGCCCUCGAGGUUGCAUCGGUCUAAACUUGGCCUGGUUAGAAUUACGAACGACCAUUGCCAAGUUAUUCUGGGUUUACGACUUGGAGCCUGUUGACCCGACUCUAGACUGGCACAAAGACUCCGAGGGAUUCUUGUUGUGGGAUAAGCCGGUCUUGAGCGUUCAUGCUAAGAACCGAGGUGUUCGAGUCGAAUAAAAGCUCAUGAGAGCCAGCGAAUUUUUAUACUUCAUUUCUCUCUUGUCGUUUUAUUGUUACAAGUAUACGAUGUGGUAACACCUUAUGAUGAAUAAUGAUGGAUAAUGGUAAAAAGGAAAAAGAAAAUAAAAAUCUUAAAUCAACCUCAUAAUCUCUAUGGAUCCAUCUAGGCCGAGAAGUCACUAUUCAAAUUAUCCAAAGCUGGAUACCUAUGAAACAAUAUCUCCAAGCAAAGUGUCCC